UCAACAAGUGCUCGGCGGACAGAAGUGAUGGAGCGCCCCAAACAGCCGCAACUCGCCUCCGGCGACAAGAAGGACGCCGGCGACGCCUCCUCCGUGCUCAACGGACACUUUGACGGGAUGGUGAAGCGGCCGUCCGGCGGGGGCAGCGGCGGCGGCUCCGGCCGCCCCGCGGCUCCUCAGGUCCCGGGGCCGGCAGCGGCGGCGGAGCCCGGGUCGCACCGGGCCACCGCCGCCGUGAUGGAGAGCUGGAAGGAGGAGCGGACCCGCAGCGUGGAGGACAACGAGAUGAGCCUGCCGUCCCUGGCCGCUGCCUACACCACCAUCCUGCGGGGGCUCGGCGAGGACCCGCAGCGGCAGGGGCUCCUGAAGACCCCCUGGAGGGCCGCCACCGCCAUGCAGUUCUUCACCAAGGGCUACCAGGAGAAGAUCAUCGACGUGCUGAACGACGCCAUAUUCGACGAGGACCACGACGAGAUGGUGAUCGUCAAAGACAUCGACAUGUUUUCCAUGUGUGAACAUCACCUGGUUCCCAUCUUCGGCAGGGUUCACAUCGGGUACCUUCCCAACAAGAGAGUUCUGGGUCUCAGCAAGCUGGCCAGGAUUGUAGAAAUCUACAGCCGCCGACUACAAGUUCAGGAGAGGUUGACCAAACAGAUUGCUGUGGCGAUCACUGAGGCCCUGCAGCCCACUGGGGUCGGAGUAGUCAUCGAGGCAACUCACAUGUGCAUGGUGAUGCGAGGUGUCCAGAAGAUGAACAGCAAGACCGUCACCAGCACCAUGUUGGGAGUAUUCAGGGAAGACCCGAAAACCCGCGACGAGUUCCUGACGCUCAUCAGGAGCUGAGGAGGCGGAGCAAAUGCCUCCUCUUCCUCUUCCUCCUCCUCCUCCUCCUCCUCCUCUUCCUGUGGCCUGGGAUUACCUCCACUUACACGGACCAGCUGCUGUGCUCCCUGUGUGUGUGUGUGUGUGUGUGCGUGUGUGUGUGUGUGUGUGUGUGUUUGUGUGUAUGCACGUGUGUAUUUUCCGGUUGUUGACAGUCCACAGACUUUAACCCUCUUUGAUCCACGUUUCGCCUGUUUGUCAGUUAAUUUGGUCAGUUAAACUGGCUUCCACGAAAAACCCACAAAAGCAAAGUUUUCCUAUAAUUUCCAGUAGCUACACUCACAUUUUAAAGCCCCUUUGUUACUGAAUUUUAAUUUCUAUUUAAAUAGCACUUUUAAAUCAUUCUAAAUCGAAUCAAACGUAGGAAAAAAGGACACAAAACAAUAUUAAUGCCCCAGUCAGACUGUUUUCAAACUAGACAUGCUGUGAAGGAUCCUCUUUCAAUCUUCAGUCUCUGAGCAGAUCCGCAGUGUGAAGAUGAGUAGAAUGUAAAGUCGUGAAUAAGAUCCGAGAAUAAAACCUGAAACAAGGGGAGCCAGUGGAGAGGCAAACAUCCAAGUCAUGUUAUGUUAAAUUGUGGGAUUUGACUUCAUAAUGUAUCUCAAGCAAACUUGAACGUGUCAAAUACACACUUGUUCUCAUUUCUUAAAAAAUAUAUAAAGUGUUUGUGUGAAGAUGUACAACUUGAAGGGAAAACUGGAUCGUGAGUUAUGAAUACUGAAGUUGAAAUAAUCAGCAAUCAGAAAUAAUCCCUUGAAAGUUUCACUUUCAUUAUGAACUUUUCCUCCAUCAUGACACAGAAUGAUCCUCAUCAAAAUAAACAUUAACAUAAUUUUAUUGUACGGAGCAUUUUUUUAAUCAUGUAAGAGGGGAUAAUACCUUUGGGAGACCCCCAGCCGAC